AUGUCGUCGCCACAACUUGCGACAGUCUUGUCGACAUCUACUGCGCUCAUCGCCCAAUUCCAAGACACUCUUGCCCAAUCGACGCAGCCCACGCAGUCUACACAAUCACCAAACGAUGUAAAGGCCCUGCCCCUCCUUUCAGCCUCAUGCAGCACCCUCAAGGCCCAAGUCACCAAACUCUCACUCCUGGCCAUUACCACUCCUUUCACACACUCCGCUUUGGUUACCGUGCUUCGCGCCUGCAAUGAAUCUGUUCUCCCUUCUUUGUUGACAGCCACCCUCCUCGUGAACCCCGCCGAGUACACAAACGCCUUCCAUUCCGAGAGUUUGUUGUUGACGAAGACUACUUUGACUGAAUUUUCUCAAUUGGUUACCCUCGUGAAGAAUGUUGCCGAUAAGAAAGACCAGGCAAAGAAGGGGAGCCCCAAGGCAAAGGAGAAUGAAUUAUCCAAAGCUGAAAAGAAUACCGUUACCCUCGCGACUGGUCGCGUGUGGGACGCAUGCGACGCGGUCGUUAAUAUGGCAACGAAUGGGGUGAUUGGAUUUAUCGCCCGCCGGGUCGAACAAUGGAGAGAUCUGGUACGGGAUGCCGUGGAGGAACUUGAAAGCUGGGACCCAGAGGACGCAGACGAUGAUUUCUUCGAUGACAUUAUGGGAGACAACUCGGAUUCCGAGGGAGAGAACAGCAAGUCUGAUGAAGAUUCCGAAAAUGACAAGGAUUUUGCGGCCCUGCAGGAACACAAGAAGGCCACCCUCCGCUUCCUGAAGCCCGUCAUCCAGGUCUACACUGCCAUUGUCAAGAACCGCCUCAACAGCUCCCAGGAGUCUCACUUGACUUCUUCCGCCAUUGCACGUCUGGAAAAGUUAACGAAGCACCUGCAGAGCAUUCCUGGUCAAGUAGACGAGGCAGCCGGAACAUUGUACGAAGAUGAUGUUGACUCAUCGGUGGAUUUCCUGAACAAAAUUCAGUACAGUGCUUCGGAAGCCAUGAAUGUGGCUGUAUCACUAUGGAUCUCAGAUAAGGCUGAGGUCCAAACGAGCGAUGAUAAAUUUGUGGUUUGGUCAAAGACUUGGUCGAAGGUCAUGCACGAGGUCAGUAAGCCAUUUCAGCUCGACGCUGCGGGUGGAGAAGAAUAG